GAGAGAUAUAUCUCCAUAUAUUUAUUUAACCCCCCCCAAAGCAACCAGAUUUUUUAUGAUUUUUCUGUGACCAUUAGUGUCUUCUUGACAGUUCCUUUUGUGUCAUUUAGGUUCAUACAUCCAAAUGGGUGAAUCCAACUUUGACUUAAACUCAUUUUCAGACUACUAUGAUGAGUAUGGGAACUUCACUAAUUAUACUGGCUCUGGCAAUGUGUGUGAAAUGGAUGACCUCCAUGCAUUUGGUGCCCAUCUCACCACCAUUCUGUACUCUCUUGCUUUUGUUCUUAGCCUGCUGGGAAAUAGUUUGGUGUUAUGGAUCCUAAUGAAGUAUGAAAGCCUUGUGUCUUUAACAAACAUCUUCAUCAUGAACCUUUGCAUCUCUGACCUGGUCUUCUCUUGCAUGCUGCCCUUCUGGAUCGUGUAUCAUUUGCAUGGAUGGAUUUUUGGUGAUUUCCUCUGCAAGGCUGUGAAUACUGUUUUCUCCAUCAGCUACUACAGUGGUAUUAUCUUUUUGACCAUAAUGACUAUUCUCCGGUACCUGGCAGUGGUGAACCCCUUGUCGACCUUGAGUACUCAGACACACCAGUGUGGCAUUCAGGUGAGCUUGGCCAUUUGGGCUGCUAGCAUAUUAGUCGUGGUUCCUGAGAUGAUUUUCACCCAAGUGCAGAUUGAUCUGGAUGGUUUCAGUACCUGCGAUUACAUUGACUUACAUUGGAAAAAGGUAGAAAUUUAUCAGCGAAAUGUCUUCUUUCUCUUUUCCUUUGCUGUUAUUGUAUUUUGUUACGUCAAGAUACUGAAAAUUCUGCUCAGAACAAGAUCUCAUAGGAAGCACAGAACUGUGAGACUCAUCUUUACCAUUGUGGUAGCUUUUUUCCUGAGUUGGGCACCUUACAAUAUAUUCUGUUUCCUGCAAACUUUGCCAGCUCAUUACAUCUUUCUGAACUGUGAGAUUCAAAAGAACAUUGCAUAUGCCUUCUACAUCAGCCGCAAAAUUGCCUUUUCCCACUGCUGCCUCAACCCUGUGCUCUAUGUAUUUGUUGGAGUCAAAUUCAGAAGGCAUUUGAUGCACCUGUGCAAUUACCUCUGGCCAUGCAACAAUGGGAAAAUCUCCAGCCCCAGGAUUUAUUCUCAUGGCAAAUUCCACUAUGAAGAUGCUUCCAUUUACUGAAGGCUGCUCUGCAGUGCUAAGCAUGAGUGAAAUAUCCAGAUUUUAAAGCCAUUAACAGUUGAUUUUAGAGGCAUUCACCUGAAAGACACACAAAUUUAUUCUUUGUGAAUAUUUGAGAUGUGGAAAAAUAAUAGAAAAUGUAUUUCCCUGGGGAGGGGUAACCAUCUAUUUUAUUUGCAAAUAUCACCUCUAGGCUUUUCUAGUUAAGGGCCAGUUUCUGCUCUCACUUACAUUCCUGCAAUUCCAUCGUAUCCAAUACCAUUGAAGCGGAGUAAAUGAGAGCAGAACUCACCCACUCUCUCUAUCUGGGAUUAAGCCAGGUCUUAUUAGUUUGACAGUAGCUACAUAAGUUAGAAUACCUGAUGUUUUCAAAGUAAACUUUUCACUGUUGCUGUGUACAAAGCUACUAAUAUUGUAAGCUUAACACAAACCCAUUUUCUGAUCCUCAAUAGAAAGGAAUUAAGUUAAUGAGCAUGUUAAUACUUUCUUAAUUCUUGUAAAGUCAUAGUACAGAGUGAAGAAUCGGUCUGCUUCAUUUCUUGUUUUGGUAGUGAUAUCUCAAUAGAUAUUUUCCUUUAUUUGUAAAAGAAAUGUAUUUUCUUUAGAAAGCUAGAACAGUAGGACUUAAUGUAAAUGCUUGUUUUGCAGUUCCAGCUGGUUUUUAAAAUACUUCAUCUAUGUACAGAAGUGUUUGAAUCCCUGAAAAGCAGGCCCAGUCAAAGUUAGGCAUGCACAUAUCUUUGAAAAAAGA